CCCCUCCCCAUCUCGUGCGCCACAUGUAAGACACACUUUGUAUCCGACACAGCGCUGACGCGUCACUCGCGCGCUGCCCGUUGUAGCGAGCACUCGUGUGUUCACUGCGGGGAUGGGUAUGAUGAUGCGGUGGCAUUGAGAGAGCAUUUGUUGGUGCAUCGGAGUGAACGGGUUUUUAAGUGUGAGAAGUGUGACAAGACAUUCAAACGCGAAAAUUUAUACAGUGCUCAUUAUAAACGUAUACAUAUAGAUAAUCAAGAUAAAUCUAUGAAAAAGAAAGAAAAGCCGUGGAUUUGUGAAGUAUGUGGGAAAACUCUACCGAAUAAAUCCUUACUACUAUACCACCAAAGGAACCACACGGGAGAGAAACCGUAUCGCUGUACUCAAUGUACAAAGAGUUUUACUAUGAGGAAACUUUUACAGUCGCACUUACGAGUCCAUACGAAUGAUCGACCGUACGUCUGUAAACUAUGUACUAAGACUUUCAAAGGGUUAUCAGCAUUAAGAGGACACGAAUAUAUACAUACUGGUCAAACGAAAAUAUCUUCGAAAAUUAGAGUAAUUAAGUGAUUUCAUAUUUUUAUAUAACGGCCAGUUGUAAAAUAAACA